AUGUUCUGGCUACUCAUUUUUCACUUUAUCAUUCCGUUCGUUUCCACAUUGUUUCGUCCUUCUCCAGUAACCCCAAUUAAGUUGAUUAUUGAUACGGAUGGUGUUUAUGACGAUAUUCGAGGUUUAUCCAUUGCUUUAACUCAUCCAAAUGUUGAAGUUAUUGGAAUUACAACAGUUCAUGGGGGAGUUUCUGCGAAUCAAUCAGCUGCAAAUGUUGCUCGUCUUCUCAGAGCAAUUGGAAAAGAAUCCGUUCCAAUCUUCAUUGGAUCUCAAGAUUCACUCGUUCCAAAAGGUCCAGUUGUAGUAUGGGAAGAACUAUUUGGAAGUGAUGGAAUUGGAGGAGUACCUGAUAUUCAUCCGAAAUCUCUUCCUUCUGAUUUUCAAAUGGCACAAAAACAGAAUGCAAUUGAUGCAAUUAUUGAAUUGACCAAAAAUACAAGUGAUGUGGUUUUAAUUGGUUUAGGACCACUGACGAACAUUGCAAUGGCUCUUCGAAAAGAUCCAGAAGUAGCGAAAAGAAUUCGAAAAGUGAUAAUUAUGGGUGGAAACUAUUUGGGAAUCGGGAAUUCGCAAUACAAUUCGACAGCUGAAUUCAAUUUACUAAUGGAUCCUGAAGCUGCUCAUAUUGUUCUUUCUUCUAUUCAUCUUACUACUAUUCCAUGGGAUAUGUGCUUCUUGAAAGGGCCAGAGUACAAUAAUGAAGUUGAUUAUGAAGAAUCAUUGCGACAGAAGACUGAUUUAUCCUACUUUUUGAGUAAUAUAACUGCAAGAGGAAGGCAAUAUAAUAAAUUAACUCAACAACUGUACGCUUUUGUGGAUGAUAUAGCCGUUGCGGUGGCAAUAGAUUCAAAUGUUGCAAAGAAAUGUCUGAAAUUAUGUGCAUCCGUUGAGUUGGAACGGGCGGCGGUGACAAGAGGGCAAGUGACAGUUGAUUGGUUGAGUACUAAAUACAUUCCAAUAGAACAUUCAUACCAAUCUUCAGGAGAUAAAAAUGAAGCCAACUGGUUAUCACAUACGUUUAUUACUGAAUAUGAUGCAAAGAAAGUGAAUGAAAUGCUGAUUGCAGCUGUGAAAUCAUCGGGAAACACGAAUAAUAUUGAUAAUAACUCAUUAAUUGUUGCUUAG